CGGCCAACCAAGUCAAGGGCUGCAUUGGAUUGGCCGGCCAUUGAAUCUACUGCGCAUCGUGACGGCGCCGUCGGGAUGCGAUCGUUACGUGAUGUUGAUCUCUCCCUCGCCUGCGGGCAGAUGGUGGGGGCAAUUUUUUGACGAAGAAAAUAUGGUAUAGAGCGGAACUGGAUAUGUGUCGACCGUGACCAAGCUUGGAGGCUCACCAAGAGGGACUGCCGCCUGCAACCGACUUGGAUAAUACUCCGGAGUACCACGCCGCCAGCGCUUUCUCACGUCGGUUGAGGUUGGUUGCGACGAACACGUCGCCGACACGAGCAUGGCCCACGUGCCGGAGCUGUUGGGCUCGACAUGGCAGCACGCGCCUCGCUCCUUCCUGCACUUGUCCAACUCCGUUGCCAUGGUCAUCUGGACGGAGCAACGUGCCCAUGUCAUUGGAAUUGCCAUGCGCGUGAGGUGGUGUGUCGUCGACGGCAUGCAGCACGAACACUUCAAACGUGGUCCAGGAACGACAUCAGGUCCAAUCGUUCGUCCAUUCGUUUGGGCCAACCACGUCGAACGAAUCGCUUCUCCGUGUGCAUCGACGACGAUCGUGUAGAUUGUGCGAAAGGUUCAUGUUGGCCGACGAUGCGUCGUCAAUAUGGUAUGCCGUCUGCAUGGACAACGCUGCCGAUGUUGGCUACAGCGCAAACUCGUGCGGAGAGAGGCCUGGCGGGACGUCUGCCGUGUCAGCAAGUUUUUUAAUGGGGGAUUGAUAUGGGGCGCUUCGCUUGUCCAUCGAUUCUUCUUGCCUUGGAUGAGCCAUCCAUCAGCCAGAUGCAACCGGUACGUCCAUCCGUUCGCUUCCCCAGCAUUCGACGUCCUAGUUGUGCCGAUGCAACGCAGGAGAGGAGUGUUUGGAAUGGCGUCAUGUCUAGGCAUGCCAUCGUCCAAACAAGAGUGUUUGUUCAUCUCACAAAUUUUAAAUUCGAUUGAAACUUUGACGUGCAACACCUCAAGUAUUUUAAAACAACAGAAUCGGACCAUCAUUUCCUCCAAACGUUGACGCAAUUGACUCGGCCACCGUCGACGGCGCAGCUGGUCAGGCGACUACAACGAAAUUCGACCAUGCAUGCCCACUUUGACCUCGACGCGUACUUGACUCGCAUCAACCUCACCGUACAAGAGUUGGCUGCUUCACCGACCCACUCGUUCGCGCAGCUGUCGUUGCUCGUCCAGCAUCAUCGCCUCGCCAUCCCGUUCGAGAACCUCGCGGCGUGUCGAGUGUUUCCCGUCGACCCAGCCCACGCCGACGUGAGUAUUGGUGAACGGGUGUCUCUCCACCCGGCUCGAAUAUUCAGAAAGCUCGUGCUGGAUCGUCGAGGUGGCUGGUGCUUUGAACAGAACGCGUUGUUGGCGACGGCCCUUCGAGCUCUGGGCUACGCCGUGGAGACAAUUUGUGGCCGCGUGAUCGCGCCAGCCGUGGAUUCGACCAAGGGCAAGUACCUUGCCAAGGCAAUGACGCACAUGUUGCUUCUCGUGACAAUCGACACGAACGAACAGUUUCUGUGCGAUGUCGGAUUCGGAGCGCGCGGCGAGCCGCCCAUUCCCAUCCGUGUGUCGCCCACAUCUACUAAGACAACCAUGGCCUCUGGGGAAUCGUACGAAGUUGGACUGGCCAAUGUGGUUCGCCAUAUGCACGCAGACACGUGGACGGGCGACUUUUACGUCGAUCCCUCGACCGCGCCCGACGACUUUUCCGCCACCGACCGGGUGCUGUGCUACCAGAAGGGGCCAACGCACCCCGUCUACCCCGUGUACGUGUUCUCGCCCGACGCGAGACUGGCGCAUGUCGACUACGAGAUGGCCAAUUGGUACAGCUCGACGCACCCCCACAACCGGUUCACGCAAAUCCCAAUAUGCACUAAACGGACGGUCGACGGAUUCGUAAAGCUAGCAGGCAACGAAUUCAAGGAAACCAGACACGGAGAGACCGUUCGGACCAACACCAUCGAUCCCGACGAACUGCUCGAUUUGCUCAAGUCGACUUUCGGGCUCGUGCGCUCGACGUAGAGACAUGCAAUGCUCGCCUAGUUCGGUUGUCCUUGUGUGUCAACGAAUGACUGCCAAUGUGUGUGUGCACGGGAUGAGUUUGUUUGUAAAGGGUGCACUUG